UAUAUAUAAUAAUGGUAGAGAUUUCUUAGUUUCUACUUGCACUGUGGUAGAACUAUGUGGAGGCUCAAGAUUGCGGCUGAGGCUGGAGAUGGCCCUCACUUGUUCAGCACCAACAACUACGUAGGCAGGCAGAUUUGGGAGUUUGAUGCAAACUCAGGCUCUCCAGAAGAACGUGAAGAGGUCGAUAGAGCUCGUCAGAAUUUUUCCCUAAACCGUUCUUGUUUCAAGGCUAGUGCUGAUCUCCUCUGGCGCAUGCAGUUUCUGAGAGAGAAGAAGUUUAAACAGAAAAUUCCUCAAGUAAUUAUAGAAAAUGCAGAGGAAAUAACCUAUGAAGACGCAAGGGCAGCACUGAGGAGAGGGGUACUUUAUUUUGCGGCCUUACAGGCUGAUGAUGGACAUUGGCCUGCUGAAAAUUCUGGUUCUAUGUUCUUCAACGCCCCCUUUUUCAUAUCCUUGUACAUCACUGGCCAUCUUGAGAAAAUUUUCACUCCUGAGCAUCGCAAAGAAUUCAUACGUUACCUGUAUAACCAUCAGAACGAUGAUGGUGGAUGGGGAAUACAUGUGGAGGGCCACAGUGUUAUGUUCUGUACAGUCCUCAACUACAUCUGUCUUAGAAUUUUUGGGAUGGAUCAAGAAAGUGUUUGUGCAAGAGCACGUAAGUGGAUCAUCGACCAUGGUGGUGCCGCGUAUACGCCCCUGUUUGGAAAGAUUUGGCUUUCGGUUCUUGGAGUGUAUGAUUGGUCUGGUUGCAAGCCCAUGCCACCUGAGUUCUGGAUGCUUCCUUUGUCGUCUCCUUUUAACGGAGGAACUGUUUGGAUUUAUUUACGAGACAUUUUCAUGGCUGUGUCAUACUUGUAUGGAAAAAAAUUUGUCGCUACUCCAACACCUCUAAUAGCACAGCUCCGGGAAGAGCUUUAUCCUCAGCCAUACAACAAAAUCAAAUGGAGUCAAGCGCGCAAUCUAUGUGCAAAGGAAGAUCUAUACUAUCCACAGUCUUUUUUGCAAGAUAUGUUUUGGAAAAGUGUUCAUGUGUUCUCAGAGAACCUCUUAAACCAAUGGCCUCUCAACAAGCUCCUAAGACAAAGAGCUCUCCGAAAGACAAUGGAAAUAAUUCACUAUCACGAUGAAUCCACUCGAUAUAUUACCGGUGGAUGUGUACAAAAGCCGUUUCAUAUGCUUGCUUGUUGGGUAGACGACCCAGACGGUGAUUAUUUUAAGAAACAUCUUGCUCGAGUCUCAGAUUUCAUAUGGAUAGGCGAAGAUGGUCUGAAAAUCCAGUCUUUUGGUAGCCAGUUAUGGGAUACGGCCUUAUCGCUGGAGGUCUUGUUAGCUGCUGACAUGGAUGAUGAGAUUAGCUCAACGUUGAUCAAAGGAUACGACUUCUUGAAGAAAUCUCAACUGACAGAGAACCCUCCCGGUGAUCACAGGAAAAUGUUUCGAGAGAUAACGAAAGGCGCGUGGACCUUUUCAGACCGAGAUCAAGGAUGGGCUGUUUCUGAUUGCACUGCUGAGAGUCUAGAGUGCUGCCUAAUCUUUGAGAGCAUGCCAAUGUUGGGUGAGAAAAUGGAUGCAGAGAAGCUGUACGAUGCCGUUAAUUUGCUUCUAUACUUUCAGAGCAAGAAUGGAGGUUUAGCUGUGUGGGAGCCUGCUCGUGGGAAUACCUGGCUUGAGUGGCUGAGUCCCGUGGAGUUUGCCGAAGACACAGUCGUCGAGCUAGAGUAUCUUGAAUGUACAGGGUCUGCAAUAGUAGCGCUGGUUCGGUUCUUGGAAAUGUUUCCAGGCCACAGAAAAGAAGAAGUCGAGAGUUUUAUAAGAAAGGGAAUCAAAUACAUUGAGAGUUUCCAAAUGCCAGACGGUUCAUGGUAUGGAAAUUGGGGCGUGUGCUUCAUCUUUGGAACCUUUAAUGCCGUCCGAGGUCUCGUUGCCGCAGGCAAGACUUAUAGUAACUGUGAUGCUAUCCGUAGAGCAGUUCGGUUCCUACUAGAUACACAAAAUGCAGAAGGUGGAUGGGGUGAGAGUUAUCUCUCUUGCCCGAUUAAGAAAUAUACUCCUUUGGAAGGAAACAAGACGAAUGUUGUGAAUACAGCACAAGCAAUGAUGGGUCUAAUUAUGGGUGGUCAGAUGGAGAGGGACCCAAGCCCGGUUCAUCGCGCUGCUAAGGUGUUGAUUAAUUCACAGCUGGAGAACGGUGAUUUCCCACAACAGGAAAUAAUGGGAGUGUUCAAGAUGAAUUUGUUGCUACAUUAUCCAACCUAUAGGAACAUUUUCACUCUCUGGGCACUCACCUAUUAUACCAAGGCCCUUCGUCUGCGUAUGUAAUUACUUUUGUCACAGUUGAAUCUCAUCAUCACCACGUACUCUUUUACAAUGUAUACAAAAGUCUUUGCUUCUAUCACAAGAAACAAGAUGAAAGACCCACAUAGAUUCCUCAUCUCAUUCUCGUUUGUCAUCAUCAUCCGCUCCUUCCAUACCUCAAGACCAUAACUUUCGGUUAUCUUGGUUCUGGUUACUCCGACCACCAAACUGGUUUUCGUUUAACCCGUAAUACUGCAUUUGGUUCUAUUUCAACUAAAUAUGUGAAUAAAUAAGUUGCAUUUCGGUUUGUAAUAUUCAGGUUUCUAAAACUGGGUCUACUAAAGGCUCUUGUAAACUUUAUUUUUACACCUCUAAAUUUGAAAAUCAUUUAACC